AUUAACUUUCAAUCAUAUUCUACUAUUCAUCAAAAGUGUGUUCGAUCGCGAGCGUGAAGGUUAUUCAACGGAUAUAGAUAGCCCACAUUCAGAAUAAUAUAAAUAAAAUACAUAAUUAUAAUAUUUUGCAAUAUAUCACAACAAUAAUUUGAAAAUGCCUCAAUCUGAAACCAAACUAUAUACAAAUGGAUUUACUGACAUUGACAACGUAGAAGAUGGUCGACCAUUUUUAUUUACUUCAGAAUCUGUGGGAGAAGGACACCCAGACAAAAUGUGUGAUCAAAUCAGCGAUGCUAUUUUAGAUGCUCAUUUGCAACAAGAUCCCAAUGCAAAAGUUGCCUGUGAAACUGUUGCUAAAACUGGUAUGGUAUUACUUUGCGGUGAAAUUACAUCAAAAGCUGUUGUCGAUUAUCAACGAGUUGUUCGUGAUACAAUUAACCACAUUGGAUACGAUGAUUCGUCAAAGGGAUUCGAUCACAAAACCUGCAACAUAUUACUUGCUUUGGAAGAACAAUCUGUUAAUAUUGCAGAUGGUGUGCAUGUUAAUCGAUUAGAAAUUGAUGUUGGAGCUGGAGAUCAGGGAAUUAUGUUUGGAUAUGCUACGGACGAGACAAAAGAAUGUAUGCCAUUGACAGUCGUACUUGCACAUAGACUUAAUGAAAAAAUUGCAGAACUCAGAAGAUCUGGAGUUUUCUGGUGGGCCAGACCAGAUUCUAAGACACAAGUAACCUGCGAAUAUAUUUUAAAGAAUGGAUCGACCAUCCCACAGCGGGUUCAUACCAUAGUUGUGUCAGUUCAACACUCAGAAGAAAUCUCUCUAGAUGAUCUACGAGAAGAGGUUUUGCAUAAGGUUGUCAAAGAUGUGGUACCAUCUGAAUACUUUGACGACCAGACUGUAGUACACAUCAACCCAUGUGGCACAUUUGUGAUUGGUGGACCAAUGGGAGAUGCAGGACUAACUGGAAGAAAGAUCAUUGUUGAUACAUACGGUGGAUGGGGUGCUCAUGGAGGAGGUGCGUUCUCUGGUAAAGAUUUUACUAAAGUCGACCGUUCCGCUGCUUAUGCCGCACGCUGGGUUGCAAAGUCGUUAGUGAAGGCAGGUCUUUGCAAACGUUGUUUGGUUCAGGUUUCAUAUGCUAUCGGUGUGGCUGAACCACUUUCGAUAAGUGUAUUUGACUAUGGGACAUCUGAUCGAUCCCAGUUGGAGCUUCUUGAGAUUGUGAAACAUAACUUUGACUUAAGACCAGGAUGUAUUGUGCGAGAUCUUGAUCUACGUAGACCAAUCUAUCAAAGAACAAGUGCAUAUGGUCACUUUGGACGAGAUUGCUUCUCGUGGGAGCAGGCUAAGGAGUUAGACUACUAAUCUGCAAGGCCUUUUUUGUAGUUAUUUAUAAAUAAGAGUUUCUAAUAAAAAAAAUAAUUUGUUAAGUUAAAAUAA